UGUGUGUGUGUCCCUGCGUGUGCGCUCCCGCGCGUGCGUGCAUGCUGCGAGGGAAGGAAAGGCAGCGUGGAGGAAGCAGAGAGUUGUUUUUGCAGCCUCGGAGAGCCAUGCCCCUGUGAGGCUUUGUAGCUGCCUGACUCACCUGAGGCUCUCCGAGAGCUGGUCAAUGCCUGCAUGCUGAGGGAGUGGCUUCCCAGGCGCUGGAGGUCCUGAAGGCUUUCUUUGACAUUCCUCCAAACAUGGGAUGCAGCUUGUGCAGCGCGCAGAAGCAAGAGGAGCAGUACAAAUUACUCUAUGAAGUUUGCCAGGUCAAUGGCAAAGACUUAUCCCGUGCAACUCAUGACCAGGCUGUGGAAGCUUUCAAGACAGCCAAGGAGCCCAUCGUGGUACAGGUGUUGAGGAGAACACCUCGAACCAAGAUGUUCACGCCUGCCUCAGAGUCGCAGCUGGUAGACACAGGCACCCAAACCGACAUCACCUUUGAGCACAUCAUGGCCCUGACAAAGAUAUCUUCUCCCAGCCCGCCCGUGCUGGAUCCCUACCUGCUGCCUGAAGAGCACCCGUCAUCCCAUGAAUACUAUGAUCCGAAUGACUACAUGGGGGACAUCCACCAGGACAUGGACAGGGAAGAGCUGGAGCUGGAGGAAGUGGGCCUCUACAGGAUGAACAGCCAGGACAAGCUGGGCCUCACCGUGUGCUACCGGACAGAUGACGAAGACGACAUUGGCAUUUAUAUAAGUGAGAUUGACCCUAACAGCAUUGCGGCCAAGGAUGGACGGAUCCGUGAAGGAGACCGCAUCAUCCAGAUUAAUGGCAUAGAAGUUCAGAACCGUGAAGAGGCCGUGGCUCUCCUAACCAGUGAGGAAAAUAAGAACUUUUCACUGCUGAUCGCACGGCCUGAGCUCCAGCUGGAUGAGGGCUGGAUGGACGAUGACAGGAACGACUUUCUGGAUGAUUUGCACAUGGAUAUGCUCGAGGAACAGCAUCACCAGGCCAUGCAGUUCACAGCCAGUGUGCUGCAGCAGAAGAAGCAUGAGGAAGACGGUGGAACCACAGACACAGCCACCAUCUUAUCCAACCAGCACGAGAAAGACAGUGGUGUGGGGCGAACGGAUGAGAGCACCCGCAAUGAUGAGAGCUCGGAACAGGAGAAUAACGGCGAAGAUGCCACGGCAUCCUCCAACCCGCUGGCGGGUCAGAGGAAGCUGACCUGUAGCCAGGACACCCUGGGCAGUGGCGACCUGCCUUUCAGCAACGAGUCCUUCAUCUCUGCAGACUGUACGGAUGUGGACUACCUGGGCAUCCCAGAGGAUGAGUGUGAGCGUUUUCGCGAGCUGUUGGAGCUCAAGUGCCAGGUACAGAGCACCAGCCCCUACAGCCUGUACUACCCCAACAGCCCGCUGGAUGCUGCUGGCAAGGGUGAUCCCGAGAGUGUGGACAAGGAGCUGGAGCUACUCAAUGAGGAGUUGCGUAGCAUCGAGCUGGAGUGCCUGAGCAUCGUGCGCGCGCACAAGAUGCAGCAGCUCAAGGAGCAGUACCGCGAGUCCUGGAUGCUGCACCACAGUGGCUUCCGCAACUACAACACCAGCGUGGACGUGCGCCGCCAUGAGCUCUCGGACAUCACUGAGCUGCCGGAAAAGUCAGACAAGGAUAGUUCAAGCGCCUACAACACUGGGGAGAGCUGCAGGAGUACCCCACUCACCCUGGAGAUCUCUCCGGACAACUCCCUGCGGAGAGUGGCCGAGGGCAGUAGUGAAGGGGCCACAGCUAACAUGGAAGCUUACAGGCCAUCCCCCAAGAAUCUGCUUGCCAUCACUGAGGAUCCCGAAGUAAGCACCCCAAACUACAACCCUGGCACCAAAGAGCUGGACCCCAGCCAGGCUUUGGAGAUCAAAGAGCGCCGAGUUAGCGAUGGCAGCAGGAGCCCUACCGCUAGCCCCAAGCUGGGCAGCGCCUACCUGCCGUCAUACCAUCACUCCCCAUACAAACACGCUCACAUCCCAGCUCACGCGCAACACUACCAGAGCUACAUGCACCUGAUCCAGCAGAAGUCAGCAGUGGAGUAUGCACAGAGCCAGAUGAGCCUGGUGAGCAUGUGCAAGGACUUGAACUCUUCUAACUCAGCAGAACCCAGGAUGGAAUGGAAAGUGAAGAUCCGCAGUGAUGGGACGCGCUAUAUCACCAAGAGGCCGGUACGUGACCGGCUGCUGCGGGAGCGGGCGCUGAAGAUCCGCGAGGAGCGCAGUGGCCUGACCACCGAUGAUGAUGCCAUGAGCGAGAUGAAGAUGGGGCGUUACUGGAGCAAGGAGGAGCGCAAGCAACAUCUGGUGAAGGCCAAAGAGCAGAGGCGGAGGCGCGAGUUCAUGAUGCAGAGCAGGCUGGAUUGUCUGAAGGAGCAGCAGGCCUCCGACGACAGGAAGGAGAUGAACAUCCUGGAACUGAGCCACAAAAAGAUGAUGAAGAAGAGGAACAAAAAGAUCUUUGACAAUUGGAUGACUAUCCAAGAACUCUUAACCCAUGGCACAAAAUCGCCAGAUGGCACUAGGGUAUACAAUUCCUUCCUGUCGGUGACUACUGUAUAACUCUCACUUGUGUACAUACGAGAGACCACUACCGUUGGGGUAGACAUCCCUGCCUCGUUCAAUGCGGCAAGUUUUUGUAUAUAUAAGCCCAGCCAUCAUGUUGAUAGUUUAAAUUUGCCACUCCUACAACUUUGGGUGUCCUGGCUCUGUUUUCAGUAAAGGGAAAACACACCCUUACUCUCUUAGAAGGCAAUAUUAACAAGCAGCUUUUUUUCAAAUAGCAAUGGUAAUUUUUUACUUGUUAACCUUUUUCAUAAAGUGUUUAAAUUUCCAAAAGAUCUUUUAUUAAGCACACUUUCACAGAAUAAUUUGUUUAAACUAUAUUCAUAUUAAAAAAAAAAAAGGUUAAACACGCUUUUUUUCUGCCUAAAACACAAAAUGCAACUGCCAGUAUGUAUUUUAAUGGGACCCUAUUUUGUAAGGUCACUUCACUGAAUGUGUUUCAUACAGGUCACCAUUCAUACAGCUUAUAUCAGUUGGGGUUUCAACGCAAACCCGCCAAAGUCUGGUUGGUGAUCACACACACACACACACACACACACACAAACCAAACUAGCAGCAUUUCUAGUCGGGAUGUCCAUUUUUAACAUUUUUCUGGUUAAGGUUCCCAAGAAGAGUGUCAAGGUUUUAACAGAAAGCAAAAUCUCCUGCAGCUUUGUGGACGCUAAAAGCAUGUUUGCAAAUAUUGCCGCCCGUUGGAAGAAUUUGCAUGUACAGGGAAGUCGUGGAUGGAGGCCGUUUGUGGAGUUUUAAGUGCUCAUUGUUGUAGAACCUUGCUUUGUAGAUUGGAAGGGACAGACUUAACCAAGCAAGUUCACAGGAUCAUGAUUAGUUAACAAACAUCAAGUAAAAUGAAGUUAAAAUAAAUUAUUAUUUUCUACUUGA